AUGACGAGUCAAAGGUCCAAAAUCUACCACGAAAGGCAAAGAUUACAGUUCUGUCUGAAGCACUCUCUCAACUCCCUCUUUCAGGAAAAGAUGUUUACUCGAGGAAGCUUGAAUGCAAUUGCUGGAAAGCUAGCACGUGAUGGCUCCAACAGCAGAACUUGGAAACCAUCCUUUUUUAUUUUUAAGCCACAUCAUAAUGUCUUUACUGGAAACUAUGAUGCGAAUGUUCUAAUGGCGGCUUUGGAAGAGAAAAGAAAGAAUGUAAUAUGGCAUGAUCGUCGUAAAGAAUCACGCUCCAUUGAUCUUGAUGCACCUGAAGAUGUUUUAAUGGGGAUGGUGAUUAAUGUGUCAGUGAAAAAGGUUGCUGGGAUUUGGAGUGUUAGACACUGGAUUGCAUUGAGAAAGAUUGAUGGGGUUUGGUAUAACUUGGACAGUAACCUUCGUGCUCCUGAACCUUUCCAAGGUACAGACCAAGUAAGAAUAUUCUUGGAUCAUACCAUUCGUCAUGAUGGGGAAAUUUUCCUUGUCAGGAAUGAGUAA